UGGUCGAUUCGCGCUUGUGUAAUCCUGUGGUUUGUUGUGCGGAGAGAGGCUUGUCUUGAGGAAGAGGCCAAUAUGGAUCCACCGCGGGAUAUUCAACAUUUUAUACGAAAUAUUGCCACUCGAUCCACGGUAUCGUCGUGCUCCUCUCUCGCCAUGGAGAUCAAGAGAAAGAAAAUAAGAGAAAGCAUGUUUUUUCAAAAUGAGGCCAAAGACCGAGAUAUGAAGCGAUGCAUAAGUGUGCAUAACACGAAGCAGGUUAUAGAAGACAUGAAUUUGUUGUUCAUAACUUCUAAGAAACGAAAGGACCGUGAUAUUCAGGAGAAAUUGGAGUUUGAGAUGCGAAUGAGAGCCGGGGCUUACAAGAUUCUGGUUGCCAGCACUAAAAAAGAGCAUAUGUUGGACGCUUCCAGGAGUCUGUUAACCUGUAAUGCCAGAAUUAAAGCAUACAUGAGUGAAGCCCAGAGGAGGAAAGAGCUCCAGGACAUCAGAAGAUCAUCAGUCUCUCAGGAUCAAAUCCCUUGUAAGGGAAAGGUAGCCAUAUCUGGCCUACGAAUUCCAUUGUUUUGGAAAGAUUCAGAACACUUUAACAGCAAAGGGAAUGCACAGCGGGUGGCCGUAUUUUGUUUGAUAAAGGUUGGCUUAGAGAUUUUUGACACUGAAAUGGUGAUUGCAGACCCCUCAAUGACUGAUAUUUGCUUUGAAGGUGUCAAAAUUUUCUCCGAAGCGAAGCCGGACUUUGAACUGACGUUUGAGCUGUAUAGCUGUGGACUGGAGGAGGAACCAACCUUUGUCAACACUCCAAAAAAACUGGCUAGGAAGCUGCGCUUGUCUUUCGGCAGAUCUUCAGGCAGGAAACUCUGCCCUCUUCUGGAUGGAGGAGACCCAGACGCUUUCCUCCAGUCCAACCCAAUACCAUUAGGUGCACAGUACUCAUUGUUGGCGUACACCACACUGGGUUUGGAGCAGGCAGAGGGAUCUUUCCAGUCUCAUUCUCUUAUAAUCAUGCAAAAUGUGGAGGCUUCAUCAUGGCUGCCGCUGUAUGGAAACCUGUGCUGUCAGCUGGUGGCACAACCUGACUGCAUGACACAAGACAUGAUGAGCAGUUUCCUGAGCCAACAGCUUAGCAUUGAGGGGUUGCAACGCCGCUGUAAGUUGUAUUGCAUGCUGAAGGCUGGACAGAUUUCAUGCUAUUACUCUCCUGAAGAGAUUCAAGCAAAAGUGGAGCCCAGCCUCAUUAUUCCCAUAAACCAGGAGACCCGUAUUCGUGUGGUAGAAAAGGACCACCAGAAGACUAGCUGUAAACUCAACCUGAUAAACCCGGGAAAUGGAGACUCCGUCGGUCAUGUGUUCAUUACUGAAACUCCUGACGUCUUACAGGAGUGGCUGGAUGCCCUCUGGCAGCACAUUUAUGACCAGAGUCAGUGGCUACAUGCAUGUGACAAGCUCAUGGAAAUUGAGGUUUUGUCACCACGCAAACCCCCACUCUUUCAAACAAAGCAAGCUGACUCUGUUUAUAAUGAUCUGAGUAUCGGGUCUCCUGGGAAAUUUGAGAGCUUGACUGACAUAAUUCACAAUAAGAUUGAGGAAACUGAUGGGCGCUUUCUCAUUGGUCAGGAGGAGGACACAGAGCCGCCUCAUUGGGCAGCGCUGUUUGAAGGAUCCCGGCCAAUGGUAGUACAAAAAACGGUUCUGUCACCAGGUAAAGAAAGCAAUCAGUCUGUUACGAGUCCCGUCACGGCCAACAAAAAGAAGCGGAGAGCUCCUCCACCCCCUCCUGAUAGAUUACCCUUUACCAGCGUCUUAUCCAAUCAGGAGAAUGAGAACUGUAAGGGGGCGAGGCCUCGGACAGGGCGACCCUCGCUGGAUGCUAAAUUCUCUGCCAUCAUUCAGCAGUUGCAGAAGAGUCACGCAUCAACACGCAAAAACGCCCCUCUUGGACAGAUCGAGCCCUGUCAGCACCCUUGUGUCCAGCGAAAAAGAGAUGACGAGUCAGAUAUACCAGAGAAUCCUGGGAAAGAAUACAGUCAGGUCCCUCAGCGACCUGUGCCGGCCCCCAGGAACAAACUGAGGAUGUCAUUCAGAGAGAAGCGGAACCCAAAAGCCUGGUGAAUUAAUGAGGCAUGAUGCAUCUCUUUGAUUAAUGAUCUGUUAUGGAAAGAUGAAACGCCCUUGGACUCGUAAGGAGAUGCACACCCUCUCACCCUUUUCUUGAUCCAUAUCAGGAGAAUGUGAAUGGAUACAGUUUGUUCUAGCUUGAACAAACAACUAUAAUCAGGAAGGUUUAAAAAUAAACCAUUUUAAUCGCAUUUUAAAUUACAACUCUUCCCUUUCAAGACUAAAUGACGGCUCAAUUCAUUUCAAAUCAAAUCUUGAUUUACUGUUAAAAGUAGGUUUUGUAUUAUGUUUUUUUUAAUACUAGUUGUCUUUAAUAACCACUACAACUAAGCACUUUACCAUUUUGGUCCGCUGCAGUUUUCUAGUUUUCUUCUUUCAUGUCACAGAAUAACGUCAUGAUACGAUAGGAACGUUUAUUUGUGGUAUAAAAACGGGUGCAUGCUUUCUUCUUUUUUUAAAAAAAAGUAUCAGUAGGUUUAGAUGCAGCAGGAACUGGAUAUAUAUUUUUGACUUAAUGAUUUUAUACUUUUGAAUAGUUAACAUUUUACAUUUUUCAUGUUAGACACUAAGGGUUUAAUCUUCAUACUGUUGUGUUGAAUCAAGUACCGGUAGUUUAACAUGUUUAUAAGGUCUGAGCACUAUAUGGAACACUAUGUAGGUUAUAGUGUGUAUGAAAAUGUUUUGUUGGGGUAAAUGUGUGAUUUUUGUUUAAUAUCUUUAUGUAUACAUCUGAAUGGUAAAGUAGCUCACAAUGCAUUCCACUAAAUGCUGCUGUUCAAGAUAAUUCAUGUUAUGGUAUUUUUGUGCAAUACAUUGUUUCUUUUGGAUUAACAUGUUCUUUUUCAGUUGUUUUAGUAAUUCACUCUUCAUUAGGCAUUACUUUUUUUUUCUGGGCAUCAAUGUAAAUGGAAAAGAUAUUUGCGGUAACUCUGCUAAAAUGAAAUAGAACAACAUUAAAAAGUUGUACUAAACUGA